UCAAACAGUGUAAACAGUCAACAUGACGCUGGCCGUCAGAGUUGUCUUCUAUCUGUUCUGCGCAGUGACCGCAGCAGCUCAGGAGUUUAACUGGAACGUGUUUGGAGACCAGAAACCAGACCGGCCUGCAGUCCAGGAACCAGCAGCUGUUCUCCAGGAGAAGCAGUCUCUCCAUGAACCGUUGUCUUGGAGGUAUCCGGACCCACCGGCCGAGGAGGAGCCUCAGUUCCCUCCGGACUUUGAGCUGAAGGCUCCGACAGCAGCCGACAGCGUGAGCGCCGUCUGCGGGGAAAACUCAGUCAGGGUGGAGGCCAAGAAAGACCUGCUGGGGAUCGGCAAACCCGUCCGGGCUGAGGACGUCACGCUGGGAGGAUGUCCUGCCUCAGGGGAAGAUCAGGAGGCUCAGGUCCUGGUGUUUGAGUCGGAGCUGCACGGAUGUGGCAGCGAGCUGCUGAUGUCUGAGGACUCGUUUGUCUACGUCUUCACGCUGCUCUACACGCCCAGUCCUCUAGGAGACAGUCCCAUCGUCCGAACCAGAGACGUCACCGUCAACAUCCAAUGUCACUACCAGAGGAAGCAUGACGUGAGCUCCGGGCUGCUGAAGCCGACCUGGACUCCGUUCAGUGACGUCAAAGCUACAGAGGAAAAUCUCUACUUCUCCCUCAGACUCAUGACUGAUGAUUGGCAGUUCCCUCGUCCAUCCACUCAGUUCCUGCUGGGAGACAUGAUGAAGUUUGAAGUGUCGGUCAAACAGUUUCACCACACUCCUCUCAGAGUGACGGUGGACAGCUGCGUGGCCACCAUAGUCCCAAACAUCGACACAGUCCCACGAUACUCCUUCCUGGGCAACAAUGGGUGUCUGUUUGACAGCCAGCUUACAGGCUCCAGCUCUAAGUUCCUGCCUCGGUCUCAGGACGACAGACUGCAGUUUGAGUUGGAGGCGUUCAGGUUCCAGCAAGACGACAGCGGCUUGAUCUACAUCACCUGCAAUCUGAGAGCGACUGCAGCUGCUGCAGCUGUCGAUUCCGCCAACAAAGCUUGCUCCUUCUCUAACGGGUGGAGCGAGGCCAGCGGCAGCCAUCACGCCUGUUCCUGCUGCGAUACAGACUGUGGGACAGGAAGUCAGCUGACAGGUUCUCAGUGGGAACAAGAAACAGCAGUUGGACCAAUCAUAGUGAAGGAGAGACCUUUACGCUGAAGAAAGACCAAAUAAAAAGAAAUGAACUGAA